AUGGCGAAUACCCUACAACGCACCCUACGCGCCACCAUGGUUCGUCGGUUCUCCACCGACGCAUUGGUCGAAAUCAAACCAGGCGAGAUCGGAAUGGUUUCUGGAAUUCCUGAAGAACACCGUCGUAGGAGGGUUGUAAUUUAUUCUCCUGCUAGAACUGCAUCUCAACAAGGAUCUGGGAAGGUUGGAAGAUGGAAGAUCAACUUCUUAUCAACCCAAAAGUGGGAAAAUCCACUGAUGGGCUGGACAUCCACUGGGGAUCCCUAUGCUCAUGUUGGUGAUUCUGCCUUGACUUUUGAUAGUGAAGCAGCAGCAAAAGCAUUUGCAGAGAAACAUUGUUGGGAAUAUUCGGUCAAGAAGCGCCACACACCAUUGCUGAAGGUUAAAUCAUAUGCGGACAACUUUAAAUGGAAGGGCUCACCCAAACCUGCUGAAGAGUGA